AUGCAUGCGCCACCUUUGAACGGUAUCCGAGUUGUAGAGCUGGCGGGCCUGGCUCCAGGCCCCUUCGCUGGUCUUCUUCUUGCUGACUAUGGCGCAACGGUUCUUCGCAUCGACCGACCAUCCGCUCUCAGUAUAGACCAACUGACUCGUCGUAAAACCUCUAUUACCUUAGAUCUCCGCGAAGCCAAUUCACGGGAGGUCCUUCUUCGCAUACUCACGGCUACUGAUGUCCUGAUCGAUCCCUUCCGCCCUGGAGUUCUCGAGCGCCUCGGGCUGUCUCCAACAGAAGUUCUUCUGAAGCAUAAUCCACGAUUGAUCGUGGCGCGCAUGACGGGAUUCCGGCGCGAUGGGAAAUAUAAAGCCAUGGCUGGCCACGACAUUAACUAUAUCGCCGUCUCAGGGGUCCUCUCCAUGCUUGGCAGAGCAGGUGAUAAGCCCUACGCGCCGGGUAAUAUCAUCGGUGAUUUUGCUGGAGGUGGCGCUAUUUGCUUCCUGGGCAUCAUUCUGGCGUUGAUUGCCCGUACCAGCACAGGCCGCGGGCAGGUUGUGGAAGCCAACAUGGUCGAUGGAUCGGCCUACUUGGCUACAUACCCCCGACUAGCAACUAAAAAUUCCUGGGCUGAGCCACGCGGCAAGAAUCUGCUGGACAGCGGCUGCCCUUACUACGAUACCUACGAGACCAAGGACGCCGGCAAGUACUUUGCUGUCGGUGCGCUAGAACCACAAUUCUAUGCGGCCCUGCUGCGCGGGCUGGAGCUCGACCCCAAGAGUAUUCCGGUGCGCGAGGAUCGCGAUAAUUGGCCAGCUCUACGGGAUCUUUUUACGCGCCGCUUCAAAGAGAAGACGCGCGCCGAGUGGGAGGCCGUUUUCGACGGUACCGACGCCUGCGCCACACCUGUUUUGGAGCAGAGCGAGUUGGAGUCGGCGGGGUACGAGCAACGUCCCGCUGUCCACCUCUCCCACACUCCCGGCCACUCCAUCAAGUCUGACGAGGGCGGGUGGACUGGAGGGGGGCUCGUACCUGGUGACGGGGGCGUGGAGACACUUCGGUCGUGGAUGGGAUGGGAGCCCAAUAAGGAUUUCCAGGUCCGGAAAGACGGCGUACUGGUAUCUGUGGAGGGCAGGGCGAAGCUGUGA